AUGGACCAUCGCUCUGGAUUAGAACGAGAUUCCGAGGACUCUUACUCACACCUACCUAGAUCAAGAGCUAGUAGCACGAAUUCGACGACAAGUGGAUUUCGCAACUUAAAUCUUAUCGAUUCGGUUCAUAGAUCUCAACCGCCGUCUUAUAUCAACCGCCUCCCACAUCGCCCUGCGACUUAUCUCCAAGAGCCUACUUCUUAUCCUUCUCAGAGUAUUUUGGAAAACGAGUGGAACGAGGGUCAAUCACAAUCUCAAGGCACACCUUUACUACGUGUCGAAUCAGCGCGAGAUAGCUCUUCUUCUUCUUCUUCUUUACCACCUCCAGUAACAUCAACUAUGAGUACCGUAGCUGUAGCAUUCGACCCAAGGUUAGAGAUGGGCAUUCCCCGCUCCUCCUUCACUUGGCCAGCAAGUCUCGAUUCGGGCUCGGAUUUAUUAGGUCACGAUAUGGGCUCCAUUGGCCAUGGAUCUGAUGCCAGCAUGACCCCUCCAAGUGGAUCUCGAUCUUUAACUUCCAGCCCACCUCGAUUUACCUUGACACCGGAGCAACGAGAGCUUAAGAGGCAACGGGACCAAGCCCGACGGGAUUCAAAGACGACAGCACGCGCGCGCCGAGCUAUGAGCACAUACUCUUCCGCUUCUCAGUCGCCACCAGUUUCGCUACACGAAUUUUCCUCAGCAUCACCCGUGCCAGUGUAUACGACCGCUCCGUCGCAAAUAUCACUCCUUGCAGAGCCCGCGACAUCUAUUGCUCCGCAAUAUAUGUCAUCUUAUUCCACGUCGCCUCUCCCCGACCACGGUAGCCCGAUGUUCACACAUCAAUUUACCCAAUUGCCGCCUAGCGAUUACCUGGGCUUGAAUUACUCACCGGGAUACCCUCCGCCACCACCAUCCGCUCACAGCCUAUCUUCUCAAUACAGCCGACAUUCACCACCGAUGCACGAGGCACAAAUCAUGUAUCCUGUUCAGCCCCCACAAGUCCUUUCUUCCGGAGGCUCAGCACACGAUGCUGGUCACGUUCGAGUUGUUCAAAGCCGACCUAAGCCGCAAUGUUGGGAGCAUGGGUGCAACGGACGGCAAUUUUCGACCUUCAGCAAUCUUUUAAGACAUCAACGCGAGAAGUCGGGACAGGCAGCUAAAGCUACAUGCCCUAACUGCGGCGCCGAGUUCACGAGGACUACUGCCCGCAAUGGACAUUUAUUACACGACAAGUGCAAGCAAAGACGAAACUCGUAAAACAUUUCAAAAUUAAGACGACACUUUCGAC